CUAGAUUUACUUUCAGUUCACAGCGGCACAUUAUCAAGAGCUUGAAUUUCUUAGCUUGAAUUGUUUCAAAACUUUUGACUGGUACUUCCACAUAUGAUUUCCACAAUCAGGACGCCCUAUAAGCAGGUCGACAAUGACAAUGAACCACCAACCUAUCAGGAAACGGUCGCAGGCAUUGAGGAGAUGCAGGUCCAGUUUUUGUGGGAUGACCAGACCGUCAGGCGGACCUUCAUCAGGAAGGUCUAUGCCAUUCUCAUGGUCCAACUCUUAGUGACUGUGGGAAUUGUUGCCCUCUUUACAUUUUGCGCACCCGUCAGGUUCUUCAUCCAGACUCACCCGAGCUUGUACAUGGCAUCUUAUCUCCUGUUCUUUGUCACAUACAUCGCUCUGUCCUGCUGUGGGGACUUGAGGAGGCAGGUUCCCUGGAACAUCAUUUUGUUAGUUAUCUUUACUUUAAGCAUGGCCUUCAUGAUGGGAUUUGUGUCGAGCUUUUACAACACCAAGUCGGUGAUGCUGUGUUUGGGAAUCACCGCCAUUGUCUGCUUCUCGAUCACCGUCUUCAGCUUCCAAAGCAAAGUUGACGUGACUUCCUGUCAAGGCGUCCUGUUUUCGUUAUGUAUGGUCAUGUUGCUGGGCGCCAUCGUUCUCACCGCCGUGCCGUUUGGAUACAUUCCUUGGUUACAAGCCAUUUACGCCGUCUUCGGAGCCAUCCUCUUCACUCUGUUUCUGGCAUUCGACACGCAGAUGCUGCUUGGGAACAAGCGCUUCAGCAUCAGUCCAGAAGAAUAUGUUUUUGCCACACUCAGCAUCUACCUGGACAUCAUCUACCUGUUCAGCUUCCUGUUACAGCUCGCGGGAGGAGGUCGCGACUGAAGCACAUCCUCGUAUGCGAGCUUGGGUCGUCUUCGCUGAAGUCUGGCGGUUUGCAAAUUUACAAAACCUUUUACCACGCUUUACCUUUGUGUCAGCCUUGUGAGAACGUGUGCACGUUGUGUGGCCAUUUUGACUGGUGUGA